GACCUAUCGCGCUUCCUCGCAGUCGAUUCGCGACUCUCCGACCGCACGGUCGUCCGCAGCAGGCGCGAAUUCCGUCAGCACGCGCUGACCAGGCUCGACAUCUUCGGUCGAGUAAACGUCGAAAAAUUGCCAGACAGGUCUGCUCCUCGGCCCUGAAGCUGCGCGCUGUUGCAGUUAAACGUACUUGAAACUCACCCGAGACGUACGCACCUUCAGUCAGCCACGAGCGGGCAGCGCGUGGAGUCACGUGAGAGUGUGUCGCCGGUGCUCGCGCGACCACGAGGUGCUCGAUCCUCGAUCAUCGAGCACGAACUUUGACAUUAGAUUCUUUGAGUCCUAGUCUCUCUUUUUUUCGGCUGAACGAGUGUUACUUUUCGUAGAAAACGUGUGUGCGUAUACCGCUUGCACUGUCAAACAAUUCUCAAAACUUGCCAAUCUGAAAGACAACGCGUGACGUUUGCCUCUUCGGGAUUCUGACUGAGAAAAUGUGCUUUCCGAACGAUUUGUCGCAUCGCAAGAUUGUUCGACACGCUUCAUCAGUAAAUUCGUAAUUGUCGAAGGCAACAAUAGAAUUAAUCGCAAUAAGAAUAAUCGCUUGAAUAAAAUUUAGCUUCUAGUUCCUUGAUCAAUCAUCUCUUCUUCUGCUCUUCGAAACUGCAGUAUUUAAAGGGCCGAGGAGAUAGAGCACAGUCCUUAUCAUGGACACCCUACUUGAUUUCGUUGUAUUAAAUUAUUUCGCGCGUUAUCGCACCCGUUAAAUCGCGAAAGCGCUGUCCACGAGUGAGACAUAAGGCGAGGAUCACUCAGGCCGUGCUGCUCGAUCAUCUGGAUCAUCUGGAUCCUGCGAGAGCCGGAGUUGCUGAACAUAGGUGGAGAUUCCUUUGCUUAACUUGGGUUUUUCCGAACACAGAAACAGAACGCUUGGCGUUUCCAAAUAGCAGAGUACCACACAAAAUACAUAAGAUAUCCGCAUCAUCUUUCGUUGUGUAAAGCUGUCGGUGGGCUCAGCGAGCCCACCCUUUCAUCGGUCAAACUGGCGAGCGCGAUAACCGCUGGCAUGAACCCCCACCAUCCGGGCCAUUCCACAGGCUAUCCCCACCAUCCCUCGCUUUCGAGCAGUCCACAUCAUCCUGGGCCCGGUGGGCCACAUCACGGGUACGGGACCAGCGGCGGAGGUGGUGGUGGUGGCGGUGGUGGCGGCACAACGACCACCCCCGAUUUACCCAGCCCACACUCACCACCGCACGGCGGUGGCGCCGGCGAUCCCGGCACCCCGUAUGCUACCCUGCAACCUGGACAAGGCAUGGGUAGCAACGGUCAUCAUCACGGUAGCGGCGGCAUGAUGCCGGAUCAUCCGCAUCACCCCGGACAUCCCCAUCCGCACAUGCCGGGACAUCCCGCGUAUGCACCGGUUAACCACAAUAAUAACUGCACGCUUAAGCAAGAAAGUGUUCCAAGCGGGUCAACGGGUCUUCGGCACUGCGCUGGUUGCGGUGUACAAAUAGUUGAAAGAUGGUUGUUGCUAGCGAUGGAUCGGUACUGGCACAUCGGCUGUCUCAAGUGCGCGUGUUGCCACGUGGUGUUGGGGGAAGUCGCCCAAUCUUGCUACAUCAAAAGUGGCAUGAUCCUCUGCAAAGCCGACUAUAGACGGAUGUUCGGCGGCGGUGUCUGCGCGAGUUGCGGUAAUCCGAUACCCGCGAACGAACUGGUCAUGAGGGCCGCUGAAUCGGUGUUUCAUCUGAAAUGUUUCAACUGCAAUAAGUGUGGCAGUCAACUCGUUUCUGGCGACAGAUAUUAUUUACUAUCGGGCUCGCCGGUUUGCGAAACCGACUGGCACAAGAUUGUGAAAUCGUCGAGCGUCGCGGCAGCGGCAGCCGCGGCGGCCGGCAACAGCGGCGCGCCUGUCAGGAAAGGUAAGGUCGGCAGGCCUCGACGAAGCCGUGAAUGAGGCGGCAACCCGGUCGGUCGCCCGAAGAAGGUGCAACCCUCUCCGCAGCCGACGACCGCCGUCGUACCUUCACCACAGGUCGAUGUCGUGGACGUCGCCGUUGGGGUCGAUCCCUAUUCGCCGCCUCCGCCGGGUCAUCAACACUAUCACCACUAUCACCACCAUCACCAUCAUCAGAUGGCACUCGCGCAUCCGAGUCUGGCGCCCCAUUCCCACCUGCAGGCAUCCAGCUAUCAGGACUGGUCACCUUGGGCCCAAGAUACCUGCGAUUGAACCUCCUCGCUGGAGGAGGACCAAAGGGCAUCGUGAUGAAGAAGGAGCAUCGACUUGUCUAUCGUCGCGAGUUCAGCCUUCCUGGGGGAAUGGCUCGGAUCGAGGAUAUGACAAUUCCGUUUCGAACCUUGCCAAUGUGCGAGUCUACGAGUCCGAGUGUUCCGAACCUGACUUCGUGAUAUUGAAUCAUGUGUUUGAACUUGCCGCGGAUACUGGGCCUUUCUUGGCACCGCGAUGUUGAACAUAAUUGAACUUGCCGCGGACACACCAAGCAUCUCUCUAUGCUGCGAUGAGACAUUGACGUGUCGAGUGCGUCGAAACUUGGCGCAGGUGCUGAAAAUCCCCGACGCUAAAAGACCAUUAACUGUCUUUAAAUGACUCGCGAAGCCGUGGAUACUUGGAAACUUUACACGGAUCACCUCGAUUUUGUAGUGCGAGUUUCUCGGAUUUAAUACCGUUAAAUAUUGAAAUCAAGGCGAUGCUCUCGUGAAUACCGCGAGCCAGAGAACAUCUCGGCUCAAUCUCGGACGACAUUAUUCACUUGAAUUAAGACUCCGUUUCCGAUCUCAUCUCUCCUCGGAGUGAGAUAAUGUUCGAUGCGUCUGCGACAUGUUGAGACGGCACUUGACAUCGUGUUGGAAAAGCAUCUCCGCUGCGAAUUCGCCGGUCUUCUUAAUAAUAAUCUUUGCUCAAUUGUAAAGAAUCGAAGAAAGUCUAAAUAAAACGACCCAUCGUGCAUAUACAUCAGCCGCAGUAGUGACGUCAGUUUUCUCUUCUCUAAGACUCUUCACAGCCAUCGUUGCGAUCACCUCGACACACGGAAUGCGGAAUGUAGAGUUGGUUGAAUGGCACUUGUCGUUGGCGCGCAAGCGCUUUCUCGCGCGUUUGUGAAAUGUCAAAAUUGCUCCUCUAUUCGAUCUUAUCACUCUCCAAGUCAUUGGUCGAGCGAGAGGAUUAUCAUGGCUCAUUGCCACUUUCAGUCGGCAAAGUUUAAAGUUUUGCAAGCGCGCACUCUUCUCGAUUUCUCAUUAUUGCUACUUUGAGAGUAAGUCCGCAAAGUGGCAUCUUGUGCUACAUCUAAUACGUACGAUCGAUGAAGAUCUAAUGCGAAUCUGGUGCGGAACGGGUAGUCGAAAAAAGCAAAAGAAAGAGAGAUAAUUUACCGGCGGCGCAGCGAUCGAAUGAGAAAACGACGGUGUGCAGUUCUGGACCCUUAGAAAAUUAUUUUUCUUUCAAAAUCAUCGCUUCUGUCGAUCCGCCGCUGCGCUUCGUAAACUCAUUAGGCGGCCCUUGUUCCCGCCGUCGUUAAUUGAGUGCCGAGGUGAGACGAACGACACGGAAUUAUCAUUCGAAUCCUCCUUGUUAGGCAUCCUACUUUUCUCUUUCUCGCUCACUUAUUCUUUUCUUCUCUCUCUCUCUCUUCCUUUUUUCUGUCUUACUUCCGCUCUUGCUAUCUCUUUCUCGAAAAUACGUCGAAUUUCCAUAGCAGCAUAAUCAAUUAUGUCUGCCGUACAAGAAAUCUUAUACAAUUUCAUCGCUUUGACAUUUCCCCGACACAUCCGGCUUAAAUUUAACAUAAGUGUGUAAUCGUAAAUAUAUUACGAUGUUACAUGUAGAGCGCAAUACGAUCAUGUCUUGUGGAGAGAGAAAAAAGCUCAAUUGUCCUGAAGAAUAUCUCCUACGUUGUUUAGCGAAGUCUACGUUGUGCAUUGAUUGUUAAAAUUGGUCAAUAUGCAGGUUGUCGACAGAAACGGUUACGUUUGCCAGUAACAACGCUCUAAACAUGCAUUAUGAAGCAAGAUCAUGGUGUAUUAAAUAAAAUAUGAUUUUUUUUUCUUAACUUCUCUAGCAUGAUUUGUACAUUCUAUCGAGACGUUUAUUCGCAAAUUUUCUCAAAGAGAGUAAUCGCGUGUUACUGGCACGCGGCAAGUUUACGACAGCCGUUGCACGUGCACGUUAGUGACAUAACUCGCAGCGAGUAAGAAAUGACAUUGGCGCAACGCACGUUCGAGGCUCAAAGUACAAUGAAUUCACAAGCGGUGAGUUUCGGCGUAAAGUGUAUCACAAAAGCGAAGUUGCCCCGUUAUCCGUUUCAUUCGUCGAACAUUCGCGUUUUAAAUGAUGACCGCGUGCGUAGCGACGAUUGCCAAUUAAGCGAUGUUCAUACCUGGGAAAGUUCACCGGGAUUUAUCGCGAGCGAACUCGCCUCGCAUCAGGCGGAAAAGUCGGGCGCACUAGUUAACUUUCUCGCGAAUGGAAGCGACGAUUCGCGACGUCGCACGGCGCGGCGAGCUGAAGUUAAGGAUCCAAACCCCAAACGAAUCGCUCGGAUUGUGGUGAGAAUAAUCACUGGUUGACGCCGAACGAUCGAGUUGAUCGCCACGGAUCGAGAUCGACUCGAUUUCUAUCUAAUAUGACUGUGCGCGGGCAACGACGCCGCCAAAGCGGAGAAAGCGAGAGAGGAAAGUGGUAUAUACUGCGGUGUACAUGUAGAUUGGACAAGCAGUCGCGCUGAUGGAUUAUGUCAAUGAUGCACAAAUUUUUGUUCGGCAUCGACUCGGCUGGAUACAGCCAUUCGCCGCAAAUCAAUUCUCGAUUGUGGACGCGCGAAUAGAUUUAUAAGAUGCAGACGAUUCGCGUUAUCUUAAUUUUAAUUUCUCUUUUUUAUUAUUAUCUCGAAUAUAUAAGUUAUGUCUUAAUUAGGAGGAUAAAUUUAUUCAGUUCGAGGAAACGUUGUUUCUCCGUUCUAUCAUUUGUUCUUACUCCUUUCGUCAUCGUCGCGUGCGCGUAUCGGAUCGAAUCGGCUCGCGCUGAGAGCCAAUUCGGAGUUUGUGCAUCGUUGGAUUGUGUAAUUUAACCUUGUAUAUAGGGUACAUUUUGUAUAUUGUUAAAAGUUUGUGUGAUAUAAAUGGUUAUGUAUUUACUAUCGAACGCGAACGGCGUACGGCUACUACGGUAUUUCGCGGUUCUGCGUCGUCGAGUGCAUCGCGCAGUGGCGCCAUCUGCCACAUUGUCCGACAACGGAACGCAAAUAAUUAACAGUCCUAUUUGAUUUUGUCCUUUUGGCAUUAAUUAAUCGGUUCGUCGAAUUAUUUGGCCCGAGCAUGAACAUUAAACUUCACGCUAUUGCGCGAUGUAUUUGCGCAUUCUUUGAAAUUUAACAACUCGACUCAUUGUCAGUUUCGCGACAAAAACGCUCUUCUCGGCGAUUCUCUCCUCUGGAUCAAGAAACAAAGCCCAGGGACAAUCGUAAAAAAUCUGCGAGAACAGAGGGCAGAAUCGCGCGUUUGGUGCAAUCACGUUUGGUGCGAUGACGUUAGGUAGAUCGCGGGCACUGCGCUUACUGCACUUGGCACUUUGCAGGACCGGAAGUAAGCGCGCGAGCACGAACAGUCCUCCUGCUGAGCAGCACGCGCGUGGACCGCGAUUCAUGCGCGUCUAGUUAAUUUUGUUAUUUGAUUUAUUUCGGACUCUUCAUAUUCGGGACCCGACGUCUGUAUGUGGUUUCGCGGCCUCUUGUAAAAUACAAUUACACAUGGAAACACACCAUACGAACACACGUUUAUUAAUUAAUAAAAAUCACAAGUUUUUAGAAAA